AUGGCGGGGCACGGCGAGAAGCGGCGCCGGACGGGAGGGGCCCACGAGGAGCCGGUGGAGGAGGACCGCAUCUCGGACCUUCCCGACGUCCUGCGCCUGCAGAUUCUCAGCCUGCUGCCGCUCAAAUCGGCCAUCCGCACCGGCGCGCUCUCCUCGCGGUGGCGCCGCCUCUGGGCGUACCGCUGGCCGGAGCCGUCCUCGGUGAGCAUCCGCCUCCCGCCCGGCGGCGGCGCGGCGGGGGCGGUGGCGGUGGCGGCGGCGCGCGCGGAGGCGCUCGCGGGGAUCGACCGCCGCGGGCGCCGCCGCGUCGACGGCUUCUCCCUCGCCUUCCAUGGCGGGCAGCUCACGCAGGCGGACCUCAACCGCUGCGUCCACUACACGGCGGCGUGCGAGGCCGAGGACCUGCACCUCCGCGUCGACGGCGGCGCGGGCGCCGGCCGGGGCUCGCGCGGGGGCACGCGCCGCCCCGGCAUGCUCACUGUGCAGUUCCCCGUGGGGAGCCCGCUGCUCGCGCGCCUGUCGAUGCGCGGGCUCAACCUCACGGCCGUCAACAACGCCAUGGUCAUCACGCUCGAGGUGAUCCACCUCCACUCCGUCUUCCUCACCGACGCCGCGCUGCGCCGGAUGGUCGCCGCCUGCCCCCGCCUCCGGGAGCUCGACCUCCGUUACUGCCGCCGCCUGCGCCGCGUCGACUUCAGCAACGUCGGGGUGCCCAACCUCAGGAGCUUCACCGUCGUCGACUGCUCCCGCACCACCGAGCUCCGGGUCCCUGUCGCGCCCCGCCUCCGGUCGUUCCGCUUCAGCGGCGCCUUCCUCUCCAGCAACAUCCUCUCUGGCGCCAAGGGCUCUCUUGAGCAUCUGUACCUCUGCUCUGGCGGGCCAGAGACCGGCCUUCCCACCACCAACUUGCCCUAUGCAGUUCCUCGCCUGUCGAACCUCACUGUCCUCACCCUCUGCAGCAUUGCCCUCCAGUAUGUUUCUUCUUUCACAGCCAAGGCUGUAAUGGAGAGCAACCUGCAUGGCUUGAGGGAGCUCCAUUUGCUCAUGUUCUGGAUGGCCAACUCCAACCUUGCUGACAUCUAUAGCUUCCUCAAGACCUGCCCUUGUCCUCAGUUGGAGCGCCUCUUUGUGCAGCUCCCGACAAACACUGGUGAUGCAUUCACGGAGAAUUUCUUGAAGGUGGCGGAGGAGGACCCACCAAAAGGUGGAUUAGAAAACCUUUGCUUAGCCAAGAUGACAAAUUUCAAGGGGCACCGUAAUGAGAUGCAACUAGUAGGAUUUCUGCUUAGAAAGUCUAGUAGUCUGAAUAAACUAUUUCUGAUUGCUCCUAAGGAGGAUCACCCUCAAGGACUCCGCAAGAUUCAGUCAGAUAUACUGCCUGAUCUUCUAAAAAAAGAAAUAUUGCAUCUGGAAAGAGCUUCAGCAAAUGCCCAGAUAUUUUUCAGUGAGCCUGAUGCUCAGACCCAGCCAUUGCAUUCGGAGGUCUUUGUCAGGUUUUAG